CGUCCCGCACAGGCGGCGGGAAGACGCAGUUCGUAAUUCUGGUUUAGCUGGACUGCACGCGUCGCGGUCGCUAUGGCUGCUAAUACGGCAUACCUGGUCGUCCGCGCUCGCAUAAUUUUCGGACUCUCACACCAUCGCCGGGACGUCACCGCCGGCGGGAUCACAAGAAUAUGCCGGACGUUUGACGUUGUGCAGCGAUGCCGUCGUCACCAUUGCAGACGAUGGUCUAGCUCAAUGUCUACAGUGUUUUCGGUCGAUGAUAAUGAAGGAAAACAAAUAUUAAAGCCUUCAUAUGAAAAGUCAGAAAUUCACGUUGAGCUCAGACGAGGAUUGCCUACGGUCACAGUUCCUUUGCCUUCCAGGCGCGAGCUUUGUCAGUUCACCUUGCGGCCAGUGACAAACACAGUCGGUGAUUUGACUAGCAUGUUAAAGACCGAGGACCCGGGUGUCGACCGCGUAGUUGUAUCCAGCUCAGAGGGUGUGCGUAUCGCGUCUUCCAAUACAAUCGAAUCGCUCAUGGAAGAAGACUUCCGAUUAACCAUUAACGACCGAAUGUUCACAGUUAAAGUACCACCGCAAAAGAAGCUUACAAAGGAAGAAAUGGAACGACUUUCUGGUGUCAGGACUUUAGUCAGUCAGUUGUACGAAUCACUGAACGUUGAAGAACAUCAAUUAAGAAAAGAAAGGGAGUUAUUGGCUAAAAUGGAAGAACUAAAAGUCAAAUUGGAACCCCUUGAAAAGAAAAAGCAAUCCAUCGACUUGGUAGCCAGCAGACAAACAUCGGUGCUCACAUGGGUCGGUUUGGGACUUAUGUCAGUGCAGUUUGGAAUAUUGGCUCGGCUUACUUGGUGGGAAUAUUCAUGGGAUAUAAUGGAGCCGGUCACAUAUUUCGUCACUUACGGCACCGCCAUGGCCGUUUAUGCUUACUAUGUACUUACAAAACAGGAGUACCUGAUGCCUGACGUUCGUGACCGCCAGUAUCUGAUCACCGUGCAUAAGAAAGCCAGGAAAUCAGGUCUGGACCUGCACACCUACAACCUGCUCAAAGACAAAAUGGCAAACGUACAGACCGAUUUGGCUCGACUCAAAGAUCCGCUUGUCCCGCCGCACAGGUCUCAAGUCCUGUUUGACCCGCUGGCCAAUUGCACCGCCACAGAAAUGGAACCGACAGGACUCUGGUCCGGACUCCGAUCCCGUAUCAAGUCUUUACUAGAUGAUACCAAAGGCAGAAACUGCAAACGGACCACUGAUAAUAGCAUUUGAAAACACGCGCAGUAUUAUGCAUAAUAAAUAAUAAUUUUAUUAUUAUGUCUUCUUUUUAUGAUCAUUUUUCUUUUUAGACUUAUUUAUUUACGUCAUAUAAAAAUUGGUGCUAACUUAUAAUGCCGAUUUUCUUCUCCUUGUCGUUUUUGGUCUUUCGUAAAUAUCUCUUAGAUGACUUAAUAUCGACACAGGGUUAGAGUACCUACUAAACUUCACGCACACGAAAAAUAUCGAGAUACUUUAUAGGAUAAUAGGAGGUAUAUAAUAUUAUAUCGGCUCUUUACAAUACAACAUCUGCAGUAUAUCUGUACGCUUUUUUGAGACUUUUUAAUACGUAAAAAUGAUAAAAAUAUUUAUAUACACGCUUUAUCUAAUUCAUAGGUAUUAGGUAUUUUUUUUUAAUAAUCAUCUAUCAUAUAUAUUUAUUACAUUUUUAUGUACUUAUAUAUAUAUAUAUAUAUAUACAUAUUAUAUUAUUAUUGUUAUUAUUGUUGUUGUAUAUGACGAAGACGAAAAUCUCAUACCAUCACUAUCGCUCUCGUGGAAAUCGUCUCGUCACACACGCAUACACUCCCAUGCUCACACACACACACACACACACACACACACACACACACACACACACACACACACACACACACACAAACAUAAAACACACAAGCACUUGUUGAUUGAUUGAUCAAGAACAAUCAUAACCGUUUUUUUUCUUCUUUGGGUUAGGAUCAGGGUCGUUUAAAUAAAUAUAUAAAUAUGUUGAUAAAUAAUGUUAUAAUAAUAUAAUAAUUAAUAUUUUAUUAUUAUAUAUACAUGUACGCGUCGACGACGGAUUAUAUUGUAUAACCGUCGUCGUUAGAUUCGGUUAAUAGAAGUUGAGUGCUCAUAUAUUAUUAUAUAUAUAUUAUAUGUGUAUAAUAUUAUACAAUGGCACUGCUGCAUGCAAAAUAACAUAAUAAUCUUUGUUUUAAUGUUGUGAUAAUGGAGCCAAUAUUUUAUUAUAAAUGAAUUAAAGGUUUUAUAAUUUUUACUCUAUUUUUUUUUUUUUUUUGAUUCGCUUAUAAGUAGCUUUUUAUUUCGAUUAAAGCUCAAUGUAAUUAGUGUUAACUAUUUUUAAAUUUAUAUCUUUCUCUCGCUCUUUAUUAUCUCACUAUAUUCUUAUAGUAUUUCAAACAUAUUAUAUUCGUCAACUUUUAUAAUUGUCUUUAAUAAUUGUCAAUGCCAUCAUAAUUUAUAUUAUUUAUAUUAUAAGGUAGUGUGUAGGUAUACUUAGGAAUACUGUAACUCAUGUUUAGUCGAAUCAUUAUAUCAAUGUAUUUUUUUUUUUUUUAUCAAAAUCAUCAUUUUAUAAUAUUUAGGUCUUGGUUUCAAAACCAUUUUUUUUUCAAAUCUAUUUAAUAUCUAUUCAUAAGCUAUAUAUUAAUGUAUUAUUGUAUUUUCUUUUUAAUUAUUUAUUUAUAAUAUUAUUGUACCUAUUGUAUGAUUAUUUCUCUAAAAUAAUUAUCGUUUACUUUUAAAUGUAUUAACAAAAUCUUGUAAGUAGGUUCUAGUAACAUGCGUUGUACUAAAAGAUAUUACCAUUCAUUUUUACUUUAAAAUGUACUAAUACGUUUGUAUGAUUUGUUAUUAUAUAUUAUUAAGUAUUCCCUAAAAAUCAUUAUUAUUAAGAUUAUUAAACCUAUAAGAAGUUAAUUCAAUCAAAUUUAUGAUGUUCCGUUGUGUUGUAUUAUUUAAAUUUUUACUUUUAAUAUUAUGUAUUUUAACAUAACGUAUUAAUUUAAGUAGGGCUUGUUAAUCAAAUGCUGAGAGGAAGUCACUCGUUUAAACAAUUUUAAUAUAUCAUGUGCCUAAUAUAUCUUAGCUAUAUAAAUAGAAAAAUAAACUUAAAAAAUAUUAAAUAAUUUACUAUCGGUAUAUUUUCCAACUUUUCAUUCAUUAUAAAAAAGUAAUAUUAAUUUUUAUUAAUAGUAAACAUUGUGAACAGGUAUUGUUUUUUUCAAAAGCUGCAUACUACUGUAAAAUUAAAUUACUCAUCAUUAAAUUAAAUUAUACCUCUAAAUUGAUACGUAAACAUUUUAAUUUAUAAUAGGUACAUGGUAUCAAAAUAUACUUUUUAAGUCUAUCUACUACUUUUAAAGUGUAUUACAAGACUUAAUAAAAAUGAUUGUAGGUAUACAUUAUAUCAAUAAUUUAUAGGUUAGCCACGCGUGGACUGCCUCUUAACGCUAUCAAAUGUAUACUUAUAUAUUAUAAUGGUAAAAUGUUUAUUUGCGUUUGACGCGCGGGUGUAUAAUAAUUGAAUUGAAUUUUAAUUAUUGUUAAAUAUAUGUUAUAUGCAAUGACGCAUCCAACGUCGAAUACAUACGACGCGUUUUUGAAACAUAUUGUGUAUUUGUGUGGUGUAUAAGAUUAAUAAUUAUUGUUUAACAUUUUCGUAUAUACUAACGUGUACCAACAUUUUCUUGUUUAUCAUUGUUUUUAAUAGCAAACCCCUUUUUAAUAAUUUAUAAUGUAUUAAAAAAAAGUUUUAUUGUGUUA